AUGGAUAUAUCUUCUCUGUAUUUAGUGUCUCUGGAGGUCUCAUUCAAGCAGCUUCGCGACCAGUCGACAAGGGAAGCGAGCUCACGAAUAGACCAUGGUCCAAAAUCGUCCUCAACCUGGGGAACCAGUUCGCUGGUUAUCCACCCGACCAGUUUUUCACGGAGACUUUUAUUCGACCGUCAGGCAGAGAACAUCAAAUCACGAUUUGGCAUCGAGUCCAUACCAAAACAGAAGAUGAGGAAGUCCUAUAUGCCACAUUUAUCAUCAAUUUACAGUUCAGUAUCGAGGAGGUGGAGGGAAAAGAAACAUUUACGUGGGAGUAAAAGGGCGGCGCUAACAGUAUACCCACGCAUCAUGUUCCCUCUCAAUCACUACUCUUCAAAGAUCAUCAAACGAGGAAUCAGUCUUCCCGCACCCGCAGAGACUUGUAGUGGCGAGGAUGUGUUUGCGAUCAGAAUAGCUUGGGAUGAUGCCCAUGGAAUUGCAGCAUUACUCUUUGAAUCUGAUCAGCAGCCAGGCAUUGGGCAUCUCAAUGUCACCAAUCAAGUCACCGAUGGCUUUUGGAUCAUAUUUAAGCCCAAUAAACUGCGUUCUACCAAGAAGGUAAUCGACGCGGCGAAUUCCGCCCGUGUCCUCUUGUUCGCGUGCGAUCCUGAGCCUUUCGUUCCGAUUGGCAUAUGCCUGGGUGGACUUCGCUCGCUGACUGGAGCCCAUAAGUCUCCACUCGCUGUGCAGGAUACGUUCGCGGAGUUGAAUGUAGAUAGCCUCGUAGACGUCGUUGAUG